CACACUCGGGUCCCCCCCUCCCUCCCCGCCACCACCGUCCGCGUUUGGCCGGCCGUGGGGAAGGAAGAAAGGAGCCAAGGAGGCCAGGCAUGGAUCCGCAGCCUCCUCCGCCUGCUCAGGGCAGCCCACCUCACCGUGGCCGAGGCCGGGGCCGUGGUCGAGGCCGUGGUCGAGGCCGUGGCCGUGGCAGGGGCGGCGCUGGAGCCCCUCGGGCGCCCCUGCCCUGCCCCACCUGCGGCCGCCUCUUCCGCUUCCCCUACUACCUCUCCCGGCACCGGCUGAGCCACUCGGGGCUCCGGCCCCACGCCUGCCCGCUGUGCCCCAAGGCCUUCCGCCGGCCUGCCCACCUCUCCCGCCACCUGCGGGGCCAUGGGCCCCAGCCCCCGCUGCGCUGUGCCGCCUGCCCCCGCACCUUCCCGGAGCCUGCCCAGCUCCGGCGUCACCUGGCUCAGGAGCACGCAGGCGGCGAGGUCGAGCUGGCCAUCGAGAGGGUGGCCAAGGAGGGGGCCGAGUCCAGCUGGGGCCCGCAGGACGAGGGCACGGAGCAGCCGGCCACUGCUGCGCCGGGGGCCGCGGAGGAGGAGGCGUCCGCAGCGUGGCCCGAGACGUGGCCUGCAGGGGAGCCGGCCACGCUGGCUGCGCCCACCAGCGCCGCGGAGCCUCGAGAGUCGGAGUCGGAGGAGGCCGAGGCCGGGGCCGCAGAGCUGAGGGCCGAGCUGGCGCUGGCGGCUGGGCGGCAGGAGGAGAAACAGGUCUUGCUCCAGGCGGACUGGACACUGCUGUGCCUGCGCUGCCGCGAGGCCUUCGCCACCAAGGGCGAGCUCAAGGCGCACCCGUGUCUGCGCCCGGAGGGCGAACAGGAGGGUGAAGGGGGGCCCCCGCCGCGCCCCAAGCGACACCAGUGCUCCAUCUGCCUCAAGGCCUUCGCCAGGCCCUGGUCCCUGUCGCGCCACCGGCUGGUCCAUUCCACCGACCGCCCUUUCGUGUGCCCAGACUGCGGCCUGGCCUUCCGCCUCGCCUCCUACCUCCGCCAGCACCGCCGCGUCCACGGCCCACUCAGCCUGCUGGCCCCGCUGCCCGCGGCGGGCAAGAAGGACGACAAGGCCUCGGGGGCACGGAACUCAGCUAAGGGGCCAGAGGGGGGCGAGGGGGCGGAGUGCGGGGGUGCCUCGGAAGGCGGAGGAGGUGGGCAGAACGGAGGCGACGCCGCCCCGGCCCGGCCGCCGGCCGGGGAGCCGCGCUUCUGGUGCCCGGAGUGCGGCAAAGGGUUCAGGCGCCGCGCGCACCUGCGGCAGCACGGGGUCACCCACUCGGGAGCGCGCCCCUUCCAGUGCGUGCGCUGCCAGCGGGAGUUCAAGCGCCUGGCCGACCUGGCGCGCCACGCACAGGUGCACGCGGGGGGCCCGGCCCCUCACCCGUGCCCGCGCUGCCCGCGCCGCUUCUCGCGCGCCUACAGCCUCCUGCGCCACCAGCGCUGCCACCGCGCCGAGCUGGAGAGGGCCGCCGCGCUGCAGGCCCUGCAGGCCCAGGCCCCGCCGUCGCCGCCACCGCCGCCCCUGAAGACCGAGCAGGAGGAAGAAGGGCUCCCACUGCCUCUCGCAAACAUUAAGGAAGAGCCGCCCUCUCCGGGGACCCCACCCCAGACCCCGCCGGCUCCCCCUGUCUUCCUCAGCGCCUCCUGUUUCGACAGCCAAGACCACUCAGCCUUUGAGAUGGAGGAAGAAGAGGCAGACAGCAAGGCUCACCUGCGUGGGCUGGGGGGCCUGGCCUCCUGACCUCCGCCGCCCUGGCCUCUGCCACUCCGCCUGAGCUCCUGUUUGCAGAAUGGAGGAGGGAAGUUGAAGGAGCCGCCUCCUCUGUCCACCCACCCGUCCCCUUCACGCCCUUGACACUAAGGAGUAGGGGGCCCCGGACUGCCCCCUCGCUCCCCAUGGCCCGCCCCCAGAACCCCCGAUGCUGGUUAGGAACCGCUCACCCCAACAUGUGUCUUAAGGCAGGACGACUUGGGAAAAAAGGCGGCGGACAGUUGGCCAGAGGGAUGGAGACUGGUGGGGACGCCCCCGCCUGCCUGUCCCCCGUUACACACACUGGACACCAUCACCUCUUCGGAACUGCGAGACCCUGGGGGUCCCCAGUGAGCAAAGGUCUGUCCUUGUCCCUUUGUCUGUCUGUGAAUAAAUGUGAGUUCGUGAAACCC